AUGGUCUUGUUGGUCUCUUGCGUCAUCUCGGAACUCAUUGCUAUCACAUUUAUAGCUUUCUUUUUCAAAGAGUCAGAUGAAAUAAUUAACGUUGUCGACAGUCGAAACGAAAAUGACUUGGGCUUAAUUAAGGCUGUACAGGCUCUCUCCAUGGGCCUGCAAACAUUUCUCUCAUCUGGGCUUUUGAUCGGAAAGAAGACGAUGUUUAAAGCGUUUAAGGAGUUGGAGGACUCUCUAAGUAUCCACUUAAAAGACCGUCCAGAUAUCGUUAUUAACGCCAUAUACCAGCGUCUACAGGUAAAAGAAACGCUAGCUAUUCAAAAUGAGGUGAUGCACUACUUGGCAGCCUUACAAAAGGACAGCACGGAACUCAACAAAAAGGUGGCGGUAGUGUCUAAUUUCCUAGCAGAUUUGGCAAGUGCUGAAGUAAGCCUUGCACGAACUUUGAAGAAGGAAUGCAACCCCAUAGAACAGUGUAAAACAGCGAUUGAGCUUCUUAACGCCUCCACACUUUCUCUCACCUCAAUUCCGACCGAAAAAAGCUUGGUGACCGAAUCGGUCACCGCCUUGCAGAACUUCAAGGUCGAACUCGAUCCGUGGUUUUUGCUGGUUCCCAACUUGAAUCAAUCUUUGGCGCAUAUGAAAGUCCAGCUAUCCAACCCUUCAUCAUCUCUCACCAUCGACCUGUCUCCAAAUGUGGAAGUUGUAUGGAGACAAGUAGAACUGCAAGUAAAUUCCUUGAUAAGGACCAUUCAAGGCCUCGAACAAGAAGUUGUUUCUUCCCUGAAUAAAACCACUAGAACCAGUGUGACUGCGGCAAUAAGCUCAGUUGGUGGAGUUCUCGUUUGUCUACUUCUACUAAUGGGUGUUUUCGUAAUUGGCUUUGUACAAAUCAUUGUAAAGGAGCGAUGCCUACAAAAGCCGAGAAAAUUUAGGAAAGAUAUAUCUGCUUGCCGUUCGAGCAUAUUUAUUCUUUGUUCUUUCCUUGUUGUCAUUGCUGUGCUACUGACAGUUCUGAUUGUAUGUACAACCUUUGGGAGCUCCCUUUUCUACACUGAGGGUUGCGUUUACCUCAAAGAGGAUAAACACCUCGCCAUAUUUGAUGCUGUUCUCAGCGGCUACAUGCAAAGCAUUUGGGAACAAAUCAGUGGAGAGGCGAUAUUUGGACUGCCUCCUCCAAGACAUCUCCUAUCUGCCGCGAUCCACGAGUGUCGAGAGAGCGGUGCCAGCCUCUUUGUUUUGAUCGGCUGGCAUAGCUUUCCUGAUCUGCUAACUUUGCUUCACAGUGAAAAUGUUCAAGGCGUAAUUCAGGAUGGAAGAUACGAACUGAUGGAGAUUCUUCAAGCAGAACAAAAUGGAUUAGUUAGUGCAGAUGCCGGUUCUUAUGUAAAUUCGAGUUUAUCGCGUCUUAUUAUGACCUUGGAUGAGGUCCAAAGAGUCAUCAGGGAAAUCACUCUGCGAAAACUUGAUUUUGAACGAACUAAAGAAGUUUUAGAAAAGCUACAGGCAUUACGGUCAUUAGUCCCGAGCCUUGAGGGACCUGGUGAUAUCUUCACUGAACUCUGUCACAGAGUGCCGGAGAUGCAGAGAACAUUGGAAGAAAUUGACUCAACGACCAAUACCUAUAUAAUUAGCAGCCAACUGGCAAAACGAUUUCUCCUGAAUAUAAUCAACAUAGCGACUGUUAGUCCGUACACAAAUGGUAGAAGAUGUGAUCUGCGAAACUCGUCUGUUUUGGACAAUCUGCUCUCGGAUGUCUACACAAAUACUACAUGGCAUCUCUGUCACCUUUGCACUCCCCUUAUGCGGUCUCUUGUGGAGCGACUCUUUCCAUGUAAUGGGCUUCCAGUCCACUUUCUAAACCUUAUUGACACUGUUUGCGGUAGAGAAGGUCUUCUAGCAAGAGUCUACGCUUGGGGUGUCGUAGUGUGGAUUGAAAUGAGCCUCCUUUUUCUUCUUCAUCUGCCGUUACUUCUUGGCAUUGCGGUUGUCAGGAAGGUGCUUGCUAAGGCCAAUGCGUAA